AACAGAUUCCGGGGAAAUGAUUUCUUCCAUCAAGGGUUGCUGAUUGUAGAAGCUUAGUUCCUGAUAAGUUGGAAUAAGGUGUUUUCAUUUGCGGAUCUUAGAGCGAAACAAGUUUGGCACUUUAUGGCUCUGGAACAACAUGUUUGUGAAAAGCGGCUUCAAGCUAAGCCCUUUUGUAGCCAAGAGUUUCAGUUGACUCUCAAUUGGGAUGAUUUAACUUGUCCCAUUUGUUUGGAUUUCCCUCACAAUGGUGUGCUUCUCCAGUGUUCUUCUUACGAAAACGGAUGCCGUGCUUUUGUCUGCAAUACUGAUCACCUUCACUCUAACUGUUUGGAUCGUUUCAUUAGCGCCUGUGGUACUGAUUCACCUCCACCUCCUGAUGAACCUCGCUCUAAGGUUUUAGAAGAGAGUUGCAAACCGGUGUGUCCACUGUGUAGAGGAGAAGUUACUGGGUGGCUUGUUGUAGAAGAGGCUCGUGUUCGUCUUGAUGAGAAAAAACGUUGCUGUGAGGAAGAAAGAUGCAGGUUUAUGGGUACUUACACAGAGCUUCGCAAACAUGCUCAGUCAGAGCAUCCAGAUUCUCGUCCUUCAGAAAUUGAUCCAGCACGGAAGCUUGAUUGGGAGAAUUUCCAGCAGUCGUCUGAGAUAAUCGACGUGUUGAGCACAAUUCACUCAGAGGUUCCAAGAGGAGUGGUUUUAGGGGACUAUGUGAUCGAAUAUGGAGAUGAUGAUACAGGAGAUGAAUUUGAGGAUGUUCCCAACAAUGAAGGAAACUGGUGGACCUCUUGUAUUCUGUAUCAAAUGUUUGACAAUAUAAGGAAUGCCAGGAAUCGAAGAAGAUCAAGAAUGAGCGAGAGCAGGAGAGGGAGUCGCCGCUCUAGCUAUGAAAACUCCAACUCUGAUGACAGCUCAGUAGCUUCCAUAGAGUUCCCGGAGUAUAGAGUAGAUGAGAUCGAUGAUGAGUUCAUCAGCACAAGUGGAGCUAACAGAAGUAGCUCUAUGCACCAAAGUUCAAGAAGGCGCCGAACCCGCUUCUAUGAAAAUUAGUCAGCUGGAAAAUGAAGCGAAGCGAAUGAAGCAGACCAGCCUAUUCGUAGCCAGUGUUCUUGGUUUUGGACCUCUCUCUCUUCUUUUUCUUUCUACACAUAAAUUUAUUUUAGGUUUGUCUUGUGACAUUACUCGCAGCCACAGCCUUUGUACAAAAACAAAACUAAAAGCCUUUUUGGGAUAUUGUAGUACCCUUUGUCGUGGUCUCUUCUUUGUUUUACAUGCAUCUCUGAACAAUGUAGAUAUUGAGAGUAAAUCAGAAGUCAACGU